AUGCAGAACGCCAUACACUCUCUUGAGCAGGAUGCCAGUGAUAUCGAGGUGACCGAGGUACCAGUUUCAUCGCAAGAUAUGGUUAUUGGAACCACCUUCGUUGAUCAUCGCCCGCCUAGGCUACCGACGCUUCUCAAUUAUGUCUCCGACGCAGCUUUCGAUUCUGUGCGUAGACAACGGCAGUCUUCGUGUUUCAGCGGCACGCGUUGUGACAUACUUGAGAAAAUUCGGUCUUGGGCCUACGGGCAUGGGGCUCAGCGAAUAUACUGGCUUCAAGGCAUGGCUGGUACCGGAAAAUCGACUAUUGCCUUAACUCUCGCUCGAGAGUUCCGUGAUCAACGACGGCUGGGGGCAAGCUUUUUCUUUUCUAGAGGUGAAGGGUCUCUCUCAACCACUGCAAAUCUCGCUGGGACAAUAGCGGCUCAACUCGCAGACUUUUAUCCAGGAUUUCGUCAGCUUAUCGAAAAUGUGAUAUCAGAUGAUCUGCGACUGGGAUCUCUUGGCCUAUAUCAUCAAUGGGAAAAGCUCGUCUUACAACCACUUGUUCAAGUAUCCGCCGAUGCAUUCACAAAUCCUCUCAUCAUAGUUAUUGAUGCAUUAGAUGAACUCGAAGAUGCGGAUGAUGUUGUGGCUCUUAUACAGUGCCUUGAUGCAGUCAUUUCAACCGGACAUAUCGAGAUUCGAGUUCUGGUCACCAGCAGAUCCGAAAAAGAGCUUUGGAACACAUUUGAUGCUACUUUAUCUGGCGACACAUCGCGAUGUUUGAUCACCCACGAUAUUUACCCGUCAAAUGUCAACGACGAUUUGACUAUAUUUUACAAAACCAAAUUAUCUGAUAACACAAAGGAUCACUUUCUGUCAGAUUCAAACAUUCGCUUGUGGGUAGAGCAGUCCCAAGGUCUUUUCAUCCACGCUGCAACCGUUUGUCGAUUUGUCGAAGAUGACAGUGGAGUUUCCGGACAACGAGUUGCUUUGUUGCUGGAGCCACCAGCCAAGUCGCUCAAAGCGGAGCUUCAGCUGGACAAGGUCUACGCGACUGUGUUACAACACUCAUUUCUCACCUCAAAUGAAACCAAAGAAGCUUUCCAGAUGAGCGAACUGUUCAAAUGCAUUGUUGGGUCUAUCAUGGUUCUUUCUGACUCCUUCUCAGUUUGCGAAUUAUCUAAACUGAUCGAUCAACCCACUGGAAAGAUUUUGGGCUUGCUGGGAUGUCUUCAUUCUGUAAUAGAGGUUUCGAAGAAUGAUGGUGACAAUCUCAUUCGGCUGCUCCAUCCAUCGUUUCGUGACUUUUUGCUUGACCCCAUGAGGUGCUUGGAUAGAUCAUUCUUCAUCAACGCCUCAAAAGCGCACGAAGAGCUCCUUGGUUCUUGUCUUCGGGUCAUGUCUACACAAUUGCAUCGCAAUAUGUGCAACCUCGUAUCACCAGGUGACAGAGCCUGCGAUGUGCCAAGAUCGGUGAUUGACCAGGGGAUUCCCCAUCAUGUCAAAUACGCGUGUCGCUACUGGAUUCAUCAUCUGUACCGAAGUUCUCUCGACCCCCGUGACUAUCUUGAGAUCACCACGUUUUUCAAAACCUGGUUUCUGUUCUGGGUUGAAACCAUCGCCUUACUUGGCCAACUUGCGCAUGGCAUCGCCAUGAUUUCAAAACUUGAGAAAUUACUCGAUAGCACAAAUGCAGGUCAAAGUCCCACUGCCUCUCUGUCCGGGCGCUUAGCGAGACUCAUCUCGAUAGGUAAAGGCGCUGGCGAAAGUGCAACAUCUCUUGAUGCCAUUGUAUACGAUGCAAGGCGGUUCAUGCUGAGCCACAGCUCGGCAAUUGAGGAAGCACCGCUGCAGACCUAUUACUCGGCGAUUCUGUUCACGCCUCAAAAAAGCCUUAUCAAACAAUUCCACGCUGAUGAAAUUCCUCAAUGGAUCUCACAACAACCGUCUUUUCUCAAAGGUUGGCCUCAAAACAUACAAACAUUGGCCCACCCACGACGAGUAGAGAAAUUGAAAUUCUCCCCAGAUGGCAAAUUCCUAGCUACAGCAAACGGUGACACAGUUUGGUUGUGGGAUACUAAAACUGGGACAGAGCGACGCCAAGUUACUACUUGUCUUGGUCUUGGGAUUCCAAAAUCGCGAUGA